AUGAAAUACACUUAAUACAUAUUGAAAAAUCUCAUCCCUGAAUGGAUUAAAUUAUAUCUCAACUUCAAAUAUUUGAAAACACAUUUGGCAGUAGUUACCAAAUUAAAGAAGUUGUUAAGGAAAGCCAAAAAAUUAAAACCUAAAGAUGUCUAUUAAUAACUGAAAUAUGACGUAGCAUCUAAUAAAUAGCUAUUCGAAAAGUUAGAGUAGGAUCGUAAUGAUUUUAUGAUUGUAUUUGAUGAAGAAUCAGAAUAAAUUUAUAGUUUUACAGAGUGGAAGUAUAGGGAAUUACUCAUUUUUUUUGAGAAAUUAGAUAGAUAGAUGAAAAUUAUGUAAUAAAUGGCAGAUUAUACAUAUGAAGAAAGGAUUAUAGUAACUUGGAAUAUGGGUUAGAAUAUUAAGGAAAAUCCAAGUGAAGAAGCUGUUGAGGUAAGAGUUUAUUUGAAAUAAAAAGAAGAGCUUUUAGAAACAAGUUUUAAAUUUUAUAAUGAAUGCUAAUAAUUGUAAUCUUAUAUUUCAUUGAAUUCUGAAGGUAUUCGUAAGAUUCUAAAGAAAUAUAAAAAGUAAGAGCUAAAAGGUAUUAGAAAUAAGGAAAUAGAAAUACAAUAUUUUGGGAAUGUAUCACAAUUACAAAAGAAAUUGAAAAAAUAUGAAACAAAAAUCAAUAUUUUAAAAUCAGAUACAUAAUCUCUUAUGAUUAAUUAUUUUUAUGCUGAUGAGUAUGUAUAAAUUUAUACUAAUAUAGUCCGAGUGAAUGUAGAGAUCUCAUUAGAAAAUAUACAGAAAAAGGAUAGAUCAAUUUGAAAACAGUAUUUUAUUUUGGAUUUUUUGCAGGAGCAGCUGUGAUGAUAAUUCUAAUCAUAUUAGGAAUGAGAUUUGAUGGUCUUUUAGAUCCUAAUUCAGAUAAAGUAUUUAAUAAAGCAUUUCCGUGUUUUAGAGGAAUGGCAUUAUUUAUAAUUUAUUAUUGGUUCAUUACUUUAGAUUUAGCAGGUUGGAAUUAUUUUAAUAUAAAUUACAAAGUCUAUUUAGGUUUUAAUCAUCAUUUCUCUACAGUUCAAGAGUUAUUACAAAGAGUUAGUAUAUUUACUGCUAUAUUUUUGGUUACUUUCUUAUGGUAUUGUAUUGCAGUAGAAGACUCAUUAGGUGAUUUAUCUAGAGCUGUUUAAAUAUUUGAUAUAAGAUAUUUACCAAUAUUAUGUUGGAUUGUAUCCAUUCUCUAUGUAUUUUAUCCAACAACUAAAUAUUUCAAUCCUUAAGGUAGGAAAUGGAUGUAUAAAAUGUUUUAUGGUGCACUAUGGGGACAUUUUAUAAAGUAUGAAUCUAGAUACACAUUUUUUACAGAUUAAUUCACAUCUAUGAUAACAUCUAUGAGAGAUUUUGAUUAUACAAUCUGUUAUUAUCAUCAUUUUGUAAAUUUUAUAUUAAAUAAUAGAUAUUUUUAGGUCAAGAACAUAAUGGUGAAUGUAAUUUUUAAAGAAGGUUUACUGCAGCUUAAGCCAGUAUAAUACCUUAUUUUUUAAAAUGUAUUUAAUAUUUGACUCGAGCUAGAGACAAGGGAAAGUUUUUAUUUACAGAUGAAAUGUAUAAUUUUAUUAAAACAUCAAUUGCAAUGUCAGUAGGAAUUCUAGCUUAUUUGACUCGAUUAGAUAUAAGUUGGAAAAAUUAUUGGAUAGCAGUAGCAUGUUUUUGUUCUUGUUUUGAAUAUUAUUGGGAUCUAAAAAAAGAUUUUAUGUUUUUUGAAAAAGGAACUAAAUAUAAAUUCUUAAGAAGUGAUUUAGGUUAUAAUAGUCCAUAUAUUUAUUAUACUUUGGGAAUUUUAAAUUUCUUUUUAAGAAUUGCAUGGGUAUUAACAAUAUCACCUGAUAUGUAUAGAAUAAUAGGAAUUAAAAAUGAAAUGUUUGUAUUAUGUUUUGGAUUUUUAGAAAUGAGUAGAAGAUUGGUUAAUAAUUUUCUUAAAAUGGAAAAAGAACAUAUAAAUAAUUUAAGAUCUUUAAAGAGUAUUUCAGAUUUGAAAUUUCCAUUUAAAGAGAAAAAGGAUUUGGAAUUAGAAGAAAUUAAAAGUGUAUAUGAUGUAGAAUCUAUAUCUACUUUACCUAGAGUUAGUAUUGGAGAAUAACAUUAUGAUUAAUAGGAAGCUUAAUAAUAUGAUUCAAAUGAGAGAAAUAAUCUUAAAUUAUCAGAAUUUAAUCCAAAAAUAGUCAUCAAUUAAUGUGAUGAUUCAAAAGAGGAGAUACAUAGUCCUAUUAAAAUGUUGUAAUCUCCAAAACAUUCUAUGUUUAGUAAGUAAAAUAAAAAGGUUUCUUUCUUAAAUUUAUAAUUUCCAUAAUAAGAAGAACCUUCUUUAUAAUAAUAAUAAUCUGUUAUCUCUAAAAAGUAGAGUAUUUUAGUUGAUAGAUAAUUCUAAGAUAUUAAAAUUCCAAGAAACAUUUCCUUUGAAAAUUAUUUGAAUUUUAAAUAAAGUUUAAGGAGAAUCAAUUCAUUUAGAUUAACACAAUUUUUAGAGUAACCAAAAGAUACACAAAUUAAUGUUCAUGAUUAUGCUGAUAUUCAUCCAAAUAUGGAUUUAGUAGAAAAGGCUAAAAAGGAAGAAAUUCAAAUGCAAUCAAAAUAAAAGAAAUUAAAAAAUGAAAAUAAAUAAUAUUUAAAGGUAAUGUAUAUAUUAUUAUAUUUAAUAGAUGAUUGAAUAAUAUUAUGAAAAAUAUGACAUAAAAUUGAAGCAUGGAUGA